AUGGUUGCCAAGACCCUCACGCCCGAGCGGACUUCAUUGCCGCCGGCCCGACCACCGGCCCGACUGACCGACCGACAUUCCCGCAGCGGCUGGCGUUCUUUCCAAGGUUGGCUUGGCACCGCCGCCGAAGCCGCCCGCGACGCCCUUCUGCUCAGGGCACGAGAACUGGCGAGGGGGCGCCCGGGAGCACCAAUCAAGUGCAUUGCAGCCAACACAACUUUAACCUUGCUCUGUAGCCAAGGAGAAACCCUCGGACAGAGGAGACGUAACUUGUGUGCCCACCCGAGGGGGUAUUGUGCUGAGAGACAACUGAGCCUCGGGAUCAAGACCAGACGCAGAGAUAGACUGCGCUGCCUGCUGGCCGCUGCCCCGCCUGCUGGCCGCUGCCCCGCCUGCUGGCUGCUGCCCCGCCUGCUGGCCGCUGCCCCGCCUGCUGGCCGCUGCCCCGCCUGCUGGCCGCUGCCCCGCCUGCUGGCCGCUGCCCCGCCUGCUGGCCGCUGCCCCGCCUGCUGGCCGCUGCCCCGCCUGCUGGUUGACCGCUGUCUAUCUGUCUGCAGCUAUCUGUCUGCUGUCUACUAUGUUAUCCUUUAUAUGUUGUGUAUUGUGUUGGUCACGCCAUUUAGAGUAGGAUUAUAGAUGGG